AUGGGCGAUACGUUGGGUUAUUAUAUUCGUGAAUUUGAACGAAAACGGUUAAGCGAAAUUGCAAAUGGAUUCGUGCGAAACUUCCAGUUUGGCAAAGUUUAUCAUGGCGUAUAUGCUCGCAAUGAUGAUAAUACUCUUUAUCAUCUUCAUAAAGUGCUCCCCGCUGAUAAUGUAACCCGCUUAAAGGCUGAAGUUGAAUUUUACGAGUUUUUAGACAGAAACAAGUCCCUUCGUCAUCCAAACGUAGCUGCGUUGCUUGGAUAUUGCGAGUACAGUGGACAUCUAGGCGAUGUUUAUCUUCUAAAGGCUAAGGCUCACAAUACAGUGUAUAAUCUGUUAAAAGAAGGCAAAUGGUCAGAUAAAUGCGAUGUUUUCUCAUUUGGUGUUCUGCUGCUGAGUUUAAUAAGCAAAAGAGUAGACACAAAAGGAGAUGAUGCUCCUGAUACACCCAGUGUUUUUGAAUGGGCCAAACGUGAUGAUGGAAUCAGAAUCGCAAAGCUAGCAAUGCAAUGUGUGAAAAAUGAUCCGCAGAAGCGCCCGACCAUGAAGCAAGUUGUCAGGUAUUUGGGGAAUUUGCGUGCUGUUCAGCUUUAUGCUUCCAAUUUCGCCAGUGAUCAGACACUUCCUGUUCCUAGUUAUAAUACUAAGCAAACAACAGCCAGAUCAGUAUUCAGGAUUGAAGAAUGGCCAGUGACAGUGAAGGUUUGGGAACUUCAAUGCUGUUAUAAGGUUGAGCCAGGCCAUAAUGAAGGCAGGGUGAGGGAUGAAAUUGUUUUGCUUCAGCAUGCUAAACUGGUCUAUCAUCCAAACUUGGUAAAGUUGAUAGGGUACUGCUAUGAAGGGGAGAAACUUGGUGUAGUUUAUGACCUUAACCCAUUGGAUACUGUAUAUAACCUUGUAGCGAAAGGACUAGAAGAAGGUGAUGUGUUUGCAUAUGGUGUGGACCUGAUAUCCAAAAGAAUUUGUUCAGAAGUAGACCUUAUAACUGAUGACAUGCCCCUUGUUUAUAAGUGGGCCAGAAAUUUAUCUCCUCUUGCACGGCGCCAUGAUCGAGCGAAACUGCAAAUGGAUUCGUGUGAAACUUCCAGUUUGGCAAAGUUUAUCAUGGGUGCUCCCCCUGAUAAUGUAACCCGCUUAAAGGCUGAAGUUGAAUUUUACGAGUUUUUAGACAGAAACAAGUCCCUUUGUCAUCCAAACGUAGCUGCCUUGCUUGGAUAUUGCGAGUACAGUGGACAUCUAGGCGAUGUUUAUCUUCUAAAAGCUGAGGCUCACAAUACAGUGUAUAAUCUGUUAAAAGAAGAUAGUUUUUCCUGGCCAAUGAGGAUCAAGGUUGCCCUUGGUUUUGCUUCUGUAUUGGAAUACACCAUUUUUGCCCUACUUGAUUCGCAAUGUAGAUGCAGCUCAUAUAAUGCUUGA